AUAGCGCCCUUUAAAAGCAGAAUUACAUAUGGGCAAAAGCGAUACAUUCAUUCGACAAUAUAACGAUCUAUUUACUCAAUAAUUACGAAGUAAUUAAUCAGGUCAGUUCAGAAGAAUAAAAUUUUCUAACUGAGCAAAGUCACCUGUAAGCUUUAAAACAGUUGUAAUAAGAGUAAUGUGGAACAUAUUUCACAAAUUAGUGAACAGUGCAUAACGUGGAUUAAUUGGAUUAAUGAUGGCCGAGUUUCUUCGUAAGGAUAAUUGAAGCUAUUGCAAAAUAUUUGUUGACACAUUGUAUGGUUGUUCUACAAGGAUGGGUGCAGGAAAAAGUCAGUUUACGGAAGAAGAGCUGCAAGAUUAUCAGGAUUUAACAUAUUUCACCAAGAAGGAAGUCUUAUACGCACAUCAGAAAUUCAAGGCGCUUGCUCCAGAAAAAGUUGGACACAACAAAAAUGCAAAGCUGCCAAUGUCCAAGAUCUUGCAGUAUCCUGAGUUGAGAGUGAAUCCUUUCGGCGACAGGAUCUGCAAAGUCUUUAGCUCCAGUCAGGAUGGUGAUUGCACCUUUGAAGAUUUCCUGGACAUGAUGUCUGUGUUUAGCGAUGCUGCUCCGAAAGCUGUGAAAGCUGAGCAUGCAUUUAGAAUAUUUGAUUUUGAUGGCGAUGAUAUGCUCGGUGUGGGAGAUUUACGUCAAGUAGUCGACAGAUUAACUGCACCCCAAAGAUUAAAUGACAGUGAUAUGCAGCAGCUUCUUCAGUAUAUCCUUGAUGAAGCUGAUUUAGAUGACGAUGGUGCGCUCAGUUUUGCUGAAUUUGAACACAUUAUAGAGAAGAGCAGUGACUUUUCUAAGAGUUUUCGCAUUCGUUUAUAAACGUAUUAACGAAUAUGCCAAUGAAAGACUGAAUAUUAUAAUUGAAAUUUAAUUAUAAGACUUGGGCCUAAUUCAGAAGAGAAAAAAAUACGAUCGACGCUACUGCAGAAUGUGCCAAGGGUCUAUAAUUUGAUCUAAGUCAGAUGAUCUUUUUUAUUUUCGACCGAGCUUUUUUAUUUGAAGUUGUAAUAGAAGGAACAGAUGUAAAAAUGAAAUGUUUAGAUUCCUCAAUUUAAAAAUAUCAUAUAAUAUGCCAUUUAAAACUGCCAAACAUACAGUGGUAUUAUUGAUGUAUGACGCUCCAAUUUAAUGAAAAAAAAAGUCUCCUCUUUUGAGAUCAGUUAUUAAGCAUUUUUGAAAGCUAUAUCUUAUGUAAUGAAGUUGAAUGAAUGCACAAAUUUGACUUAAAGUCAUUAUAUCAACUUGUAUCUAUUAUUCAGUCAGAAGACAGAAAAUUCAUCUUCAUUAUGAACUUUCAGAAUUAUAUUUGUAAUAAGCAUUUAAAA